AUGGAUCCCUACUACUGGUUUGUUGUCUUCCUCGCCUACUUCGCUUAUCGAUACGUCCGCCUGGUCAUCAACUUGGUGGCUUUCUGGACUUUCAAGUCGAUCCCCAUUCCCGAGAACCCCACCUUGACCAACAAAGAUGUCACGGUCAUUCUUCCCACCCUGGAGGGCCAGGGCGAGGAGCUGGAGCGCACAAUCAAGUCUAUCAUGCUCAACGAGCCAUACGAACUGAUCCUGGUCACGGUGGAUGAUAAUCUCGUCAAGGCUCAGAAGACGGUAGCCAAGAUGCCUGCGGGGCAGCAGGGCCGGCUGAGGUGCAUGUCAAUCAAGCAGGCCAACAAGAGACGCCAAAUGGCCCGUGCCAUUCCCGAAGUCCGCACUGAAAUUAUUGUCUUUGCCGACGACGAUGUCGACUGGCCUCAGAAGUUGCUGUUGUGGAUCCUCGCUCCUUUUGAGCACAAGAUCUAUGGUGGCGUGGUCACCUGUCAGAGACUGCGUCGAGCCGAGAAACCUACCUUCAGCCAGCGUAUCUAUGGCUUCCUCGGUGCUCUGUACCUAGAACGCCGCAAUUUCGACUGUGCCGCUACCUCUCGCAUGGACGGCGGCAUGGCUUGUAUCUCCGGUCGUACCUGUGCUUACCGAGCAAGCAUCCUGCAGGAUAUCAACUUUACCAACGGUUUCACCAACGAGAAAUGGUGGUUUGGUCAGUAUCAACUGAAUGCCGAUGAUGACAACUUCAUCACUCGCUGGCUCGUCAACCACAAGCAUGAAGUCCGCAUGCAGUAUCAUCCAGAAUGCGAGGUCAAGACUACCCUUGAGAACGACUCCAAAUUCCUGAAGCAGUGUCUGCGUUGGGCGCGCAGCAAUUGGAGAAGCAACCUUACCAGCUUGUUUGCUGAACGUAACAUCUGGACUCAGCAGCCUUGGAGCACCUACGCAGUUCAGCUUACCACGCUCUCCCCUCCCGCCCUCCUUGGCGAUGCCCUCCUGUGGUGGCUGCUUUGGCUUGGUACGGCCGACUGGUCAAUUGAAUCCUCUCAGAACAUGUUCUGGUUCUUGCUUGCCUGGAUGACCUUUUCAAAGUUCAUCAAGCUGAUCACUCACUUUGUUCGGUACCCGGUAGAUGUCUUGUUGUGGCCUGUUUCCAUCUUGUUUGGUUGGAUUCACGGCGCCAUCAAGAUGUAUGCGCUUGCCACCUUGAGCGAGACCACUUGGGGCAGCCGCGCUGGUGCAGAUGCUGAUGACAAGGACCGCAUGAUCAAGCAGCCGCAGUUGCAGCCACGAUCCCAAUACGAAUACUUCGACGAGAAGAUCGAUGAAAAACUCCCCCUUCACGAAGCCAUGAACAACACCUACUACGACACGAAACGCACCCCUGCGCUGGCGGCCUAG